AUGGCAACUCCACAGAGGAAAGCAGAAAACGUCACCAUGUUGGAGGGCAGCACGACGGAGCUUUGCAGCCUUUCUACGGAGGAUGCAACAGAGACAGCGAUGCUGCGGUCCAGGAUAGAUGAGCAGUCAGGUCUAAUUUGCAUGUUGAAACAGAGAGCAGAUGAGGUGCUUCUGAGAUGUCAAGCCCUGCAGAUGCUCAAUGUAGACCAGGAGGGCCGAGCGACAGAUUGCCAGAAAGAUCUGGAGGGGGAAAAAAAUAAAUCAGAGCUAAUAGAGAGGAGAUUUAUGGAUUUAGCUGCCAACAAUCAAGCAAUUAUUGCAUUCAUGGAUGAGUACAAACAGCAGAAUGUCCAGUUAAAGCUGGUAAACAAACAGCUGCGUUUGGAAAAUGAAACACUUUUCUCCCAAAAAUUACAUGAUAAAGAAGUUCUUGUUCAAAAACUGAAGCAAGACAUCAAACAGCUGACAGAGAAAUACACAAACAAGGAAAAUGAAUAUCGAGAGAAAUUAUCUGGAUGCCAGUCAGAACUCCUAGAACAAACCAAUCAGCAUCAAGCCAAAGAAGCAUCGCUACUUGAUCAACUGCAUGAUGCUCAGCAACAACAAAGAGAUGCUGUAGAGAUGGGCAAUGAGCUUAAGAUGAAGCUCCAAAAGACUGAAGAAGAGCAUGCUUUGGAGAAAAUCCACUUGAGAGAAAGCAUAACAAGCCUCAACAAAGAAAGAGACACAUUACUGUAUCUGUCUAUGGAAAGAGGGAAAGUAAUACAGGAGAAACAAGAGGAAAUUCAGCAACUGAAGAAAAAAUGGAUAGAAGAGAAAAAAGCCCGGGCCAAAGCAGAGGACAGGUUUGAACAGGAAGCAGAAGCUGUUAUUGCAGAUGUUAAAGUGAAGUGGAUCCAGUCUGCUCUGGAUGAAUCCACUUCAAAAUAUGGAAAGCUGAAAGAGGAUUUUGAAGCCUUCAAAGAUCACAGCAGCAACCUUCUUCUACAAGAAAGGGAGUUAAAUAAGAAGCUCCGCCACAUGAUGGGCUAA